AUAGUCGAGACGGGAUGAAAAUCAACCAAUUCGGUGGCCAAGUACAUUCUUCCUGAUCAUUCACAACUGAUUCAAGCUGCUUCACUGCGAGAUGCAUGUUGGCAGAAACCCUGUAACUCUGCAUCUGCUAUUGAAGGUAUUGGACGGUGUCUUCGCGAAUGGACUGGUCUAGACUCGACUAAACCAAGUUCUGUUUGUUUUCACCAGGGAACAGGUGAUCUCACAGCUUCGAUGCAGGCCGAGCAAUCACUGCACCAACAAUUUCUAUGCAUUUGGAGCUCAACGCACGGGGCCAAAACAGAGCCUAGAUCUGCAGGUAUUCGUACUUAAGGCAUCCGGGACCAUGGUUGCCUAUCAACUAUGUAAUAACGUUCGCGCCAGAUUAUCUCCACUAUUCUUCUUUCUUAAUCCUUUUACCUCAACUUUCGCCCGUCUUCAAAUUGGUCUAACAAGAUAUCGAUUCUGCUAUCGCCCCUUUCUACACGCACGUUACAAGUGGGCAAUGACUCUAUCCAAAGUUCUGGCCGUGGCUAUAUCAUUGCGAGAUGAUGGUGCCACCCCCGCGUUUUGCAACGGCACAGACACCAGCCCAAUCUCUGUCGGUGCAUGUCAAAUUUAUGUUGUGAAGUUUACCGACGGUACCACCUGGGCAGUCCGGAUUCCCCGACAUACAAACAGUCAUCUGCCGCCAGACUCCAUCUCGACUAUUGUAGAAGCUGAGAUGAGGACGCUGGCUGAGCUUAGUCAAGCUGGCUUCCAUUGGUCACCGAGGCUCAUUGGCGGCGACGCCAGCUUCAAUAACCCGAUCGGACAUCCGUACUUGGUUGUAAACUGGGUCCACGGGUCCGUUCUAAAGUGGACAGACACGACUCCUCACCAGCAACGAGAGAAGAUACUUCGCCAGUUUGUUGAUAUUCAAUUAGAGCUGCUUAACCGGACUAAAAAGUCACAGGACGGGUUCUCAGCUUUGAAGUACCUUCAAGACAUAGUGGACGGCAGAAUCCAGCGGGUAAUCGAUGGGCAGCUACCAGAACUUGACACACGGAGCUGCUUUGUUCAUCGCGCUCUGCUCCGCCACGCCGUCUCCAAUGAUCUCGAUGCAUCGCUUAGCGUUAUCGUACAUGGCAACCUCGCUCCACAUAAGAUCAUCAUCGAUGAAGAGCUUAACAUUAAAGGCAUAAUCGACUGGGAACUAGCCCGACGACGUCCUAUUCAAAUGGGCAUGGGCUUUCCGAGACUACUUAGUGUCGAGCCGGCAAAUACAGAUCUAAACGCGCCUAGGGUUGAUAACACCGUACAAGUGGCCGACGCUCUACGGCCUUCGUCCAAGCUAUUAGCUGAUCGCCAGUUCGUAAUAUCACAUUUGUUAUCUCUUGUACACCAAGAAGCAUUCUUGGGAGUUACAAAAGAACCCUCAAUCGUAGCUACUAUGCUACGGGUUUUGUCGGAAGCCGAUGUUGACUGGAGAGACCGAAUCAUCGAUUCUUGUUUUAGUAAGGGGCUAUGUCGCUGGAUGGCGGCGCGAUCUUGGCUGGCCAACGAAACACGGGAUAUUAGUAGAGUCCCAUCCGAUGAGGAUCUGGACAAGGAGACACAGGAAUUCUUGAAUGCUACGGCUAGGAGUGCAGGCAUGACUAGAGAAGCGCUUCUAGAAACUCUUCUACCUAAGAAAGGAUAAUCAGUAGGCCGGCGUAGUGUUGUGUGAUAUGAGCUGCAAUGGGUCUGUUCAUUCCGCAGCUCGUCGAGUAUAUCGAUGUCUCUUUAGCUUUUCCUUCUACAGGUAAAUUCCAAUCAGAACAAGUCCCUUUCCA